GAAGGUGCACACGAUGAAUCGCUUGAGCUUCGUGGUGUGGUGGGGUCUGGUGACUGCCACCGUCGUGACUGCAGCAGCGCGAGUGGACACUACAUGCUUGAAGGCUGCUUCUACGUCGAAGGAGGAUACCCGAGUCCUAGAUUGCUACCCGUACCAAGCAGGCUUCCCCAACGCGACGGAGGAGUUCUGCCUCGCACAAGGGUGUUGCUGGGACUCUUCUCGAUCGCCACAGUGUGUAUUCGGCACAGUGCCUGUCCCUACACCCACACGAUGCUCUGCCGUGCCAGUACUGUCGCGCGUGGCCUGUCGAAACCCGCGGUACUUUAUCCGUCCGUCGAAUGCGUCCGAUUGCACCGCCAUGGGGUGCUGCUUUGACGAGUCCCAAACUUCCACCGACCCCAAUACAGCAUGCUUCCAGCCGGCUGCUCCUGGAUACCAUCUCACGCAUUGGGAGGAAGUUGCGUCAGGGUACUCUGGGACGCUCAUGCUAUCGCAAGAAGACACGACGACCCGAGGGCCGUUUGGCAACGACAUUGCGACGCUGUCCGUUCACGUGCAUUUGGAAUCACCUACGCGCGUGCGGGUGCGCAUCUUCGACCCUUCGUUCCCGCGUUACGAAGUUCCUCUCCCUCUCUUCAACGCGUCCAUGUCAUCAUCGGACCAGAAGCGGCUCUACGGCGUAUCCGUGACCACGUCGCCCUUUGGACUCGCCAUUACCCGCUUGUCCACGAACGAAGUGCUGUUCAACUCGACGCCCGGACCUUUCAACGGUCCCCUCGUCUUCUCCAACCAGUUCCUGGAACUAUCCACGAGCGUGCCGUCGUCGCCAAAGCUGUUUGGGCUCGGCGAACACGUCGGGCGGUUGGUCGAUCCGGCGCAUGGCGACCACUACACCCUCUGGACGCGGGACCGGCUCGCGAACGCCGGCAACGCACACACAGCUAGCGGCGGGGACAACGAGUACGGCGUUUACCCGUUCUACAUCCGCGUGGAACAAGCCGACCCCGCGCUCGCCCACGGGGUAUUCAUCCUCGGGAGCAACGCGAUGGAGGUGGUGGCAUCCCCCGACGCCAUCACGUUCCGGACGGUCGGGGGCAUCGUCGACCUGUUUGUGUUUCUCGGGCCCACCGCGCGUGAGGUGGUGGGGCAGUUCGCGUCCGUCGUCGGCCGCCCCGCGCUUCCGCCCUACUGGGCGCUCGGGUAUCACUUGUGCCGGUACCAUUACGCCAACGUCGCGCAAGUGCGGGAUGUCGUCCACCGGAUGCGGGCCGCCGACGUGCCCCAAGACGCCCAGUGGACCGACAUUGACGUUCUCGACGGGUACUUUGACUUUACAUGGGACAACACUACGUUUCCACACAUGGACUCGUUCGUCCAGCACGAUUUGCACGCGUUUGAUGUGCACUUUGUCCCUAUUGUGGAUGCCGGCAUCGGCCUAUCUCGACCCACAGACCCCGCGUACGUCGACGGACUUGACCAGCGGGUGUUUAUGGCGGACGAAUCCAACUCGUCGCUAGAGGUGGGCCGCGUGUGGCCCGGCGACGUCGCGUUCCCAGACUUUUUUCACCCCAAUGCAUCGAUAUAUUGGGAAGCGCAACUGCGGCGAUAUUACAAGAGCGUGGCGUACGAUGGGAUUUGGCUCGAUAUGAACGAACCGAGCAGCUUUUGCACCGACAGCGACACGUCACCGACGUCGUGCGCGCCGCCGUCGUCGUCCAUCGCGAUCAUCCGGUCGAAGGACUGCAUGUUUCCCAUGGAUCCAUUCCGGCAGCCGUUCGCGCCGGGUCAGCAUCGCCAAGGAGGCGGCAACCUCGCGACCAUGACCGCGUCCCUGGCCGCGCACCAGUUUGUGUCGUCGCAUUACAACCUGCACUCGCUGUACGGACACUCGGAGGUCCGCGCCACCCGCGAGGCGAUCGACCGCGUCCGGACCAAGCGGUCGUUUGUUUUGUCUCGGUCGACGUUUGCCGGCGACGGACAGUACGCCGCCCACUGGCUCGGAGACAACUCGGCCACGUGGGAGGACCUGCGGCUUGGGGUCGCGGGGGUGCUCGCCAUGAACGUCAUGGGGAUGCCCAUGGUCGGGCCAGACACGUGCGGGUUUGACGGCAACACGACCAAGGAGCUGUGCAUUCGAUGGCACCAGGCAGCGAUUCUGUUUCCAUUCCUUCGCAACCACAACGCGGCCGAGAAGGAUCAGGCGCCAGUGGAUUUCGACUCUGACGCGACUGCGAUGAUCCGCCACACGCUGCGCCAACGCUACCAGCUGCUGCCGUACCUGUACACGCAACUGUAUCGCAUGCACGUGGACGGUGGCGCGGUGGUGAUCCGACCGUUGUACUUUGAGUUCCCGUCGGUGGACACGUUCGCCCUGGACGCGCAGUACCUCGUAGGGCCCGCGUUGUUGGUGUCGCCAGUGCUGGACGAAGGUGCUGUACGGGUCCGGGCGUAUUUUCCUCCAGAGGACGAUUGGUACGACUUGUGGACAGGAGAGAAACAACUUCUUCAUCUCAAAACCAACUCGUCCUCAGUCGACCUCGACGUGCCACUUGGUCACGUCCCCGUGCACAUUCGAGGAGGGUACAUCGUGCCCGAGCAACUCCCGGGCCGUACCACGACCGCCAGUCGACAGAAUCCGUUUCAUUUGGCUGUGGCGUUGCCUUCAAAAUCCGCCACUGGUGCGCCGUCUGUACGAGCCACGGGCGACUUGUAUAUGGACAGCGGCGACUCCCUGGACCCCGUCACCCGAGGAGUGUACACACUCGUGUCGUUUGCAGCCAUUCAUUACCCCCACAACGGGUUUGUGUUUAUCACAGGGCGUGUCGACCACCAUGGCUUUGACGGACCACAACUGCAUGUCCCGUUUCGCUCCAUGGCGGUGUAUGGGGUGCAAGGGUUUGCACUUGGGCACGCGAUCGACGUCGAGUGUGUCCAAGGCACCGUCACGUCCUCUGGAACUUCGUCGUAUAACGCGACGACAGGAGAGCUGAUGCUGCAGAAUCUCCAGCUCGUCGUGGGCGAGCCGUUUGAAGUUCGCGUAUUCCCAACUGACUCUUCGUCCAAGCAUCCUGUGUGGGGUCCUACCUUUGGCGACGACAACAAUGGUGUAGUGUCGUAUACUUAACAAUGCUCAAAAUGCAAAACAGCAUUUAACGUCGUUGAAA